AACGCGACACACGUACACACAUCGUAUACACACAUGCGAAAAGAGAGCGAGCCACGUAGUAUAAUAUCACACAUGUAUAGGCAGCCUAUGUACGUCUGACUCGGCAGUCGGCGAGCCGCGUGUACUUGGGCUUAACGUGUGAGUGUUAUAGCGGCGGCUUGUAUACCGUUCUCCUAUACUCUUGCGCUACAUUUACGCUUGCUUAUACACGAGUCCAGACACAGUCAUAUGUGUAAGUAGCCGCUGAACGCUCGCCGUAUGCUGGUCUGCUACUCGUUUUUCCCAACGAGUCAAUUGGUUUUCUCAACAGAGUCGAAAUUUUGAGUCAGUAUCACAGAAAAACAUGCUGCAGUUACUUUUGCUCGGUCUGCGAAGUAUGUUCGUCUCAGCGAACGACGCCGAGGACGUCACGGUCGAGGACGCCCCGAAUGCCGAUUUUCCGGGUAUGCCCGGUGGCAAGAUGCCCACCGCCGACGAGCUUUUAAAAAUGCUCGACUCCAUGACUGGACUGUCGGACGAGGAUAAAGAAAACCUCCGCAGAGAUCUGCUGAAGCAAGCAGCUGGUGCUCUGCCAUCUGGCUCUCAAGCCGAAUAUCCUCAAGACGAGGGAUUCGCCAGUCGCGUCGUUACUUCGCUCUUUGCCUCGCAAUUCCUCGUUUUGAUGGUUCUGCUCUCGAUCAUCGCCUUGAUAUUUGUUUUCUUCGGCUACAAGUUGUACAAAAGCUUGUCCGAACGCGAGAAGAAGCGUGAAGAAAAGAAGAAAAACAAGCAAUUGAAAAAGAAAAAGUGAGACCAAGAUUCAAUUUUUUUAUCCAAAAGACUUCUGUGUGUGACAGUACCGAUGCAUUUUAAAACAACGUGUGCAAUGGUGAUUAGUGUACAGUAACGUCAUCCUUUACAUUUAAUUUUUAUGAUAUUUUGUUAUAAAAAUAAAUUAUAUUUAUAAAAAAGUAUCCUGUCUAAUAAUUACCUUGUGAAUAUCAAAUACUCGUGAAAAUAAAAUACAAUUUCAAA